AGCCAACUUCCGGCGUGCCCCGUGCACGCGUGCCGGCGGUGACGUCAGGACGUUGGGCCUGUGCAGUCGCGGCAGAGCGCUCUGCGGCGUCUUUAUACUCCUUGCCUAGCUUCUGCCAGCGGCUAGACGCUUUACAGGUGAAGAGAUGGCGUUUGUGAAGAGUGGAUGGUUGCUGCGACAGAGUACUAUUUUGAAGCGCUGGAAAAAGAAUUGGUUUGACCUAUGGUCAGAUGGUCACUUGAUCUAUUACGACGAUCAGACACGCCAGAGUAUUGAGGAUAAAGUCCAUAUGCCAGUGGACUGCAUCAAUAUCCGCACAGCGCAUGAGUGUCGGGAUAUUCAGCCUCCAGAUGGGAAGCCAAAAGAUUGUCUGCUUCAGAUUGUUUGCCGAGAUGGGAAGACAAUUAGUCUUUGUGCAGAAAGCACAGAUGAUUGUUUGGCUUGGAAAUUUACACUGCAAGAUUCCAGAACAAAUACAGUGUGUGUGGGCUCUGCAGCCCUGUCUGAUGAGACUGCGGUGGCUUCUUUGCCCCCUCCUUUGACCUAUGCUGCACCAGCUGCCGAGCAGGUAUAUGGCUAUGGUCCCUACGGUGAUGCAUACCCAGCAGGAACUCAGGUUGUCUAUGCUGCGAAUGGGCAGGCGUAUGCGGUGCCAUACCAGUACCCGUAUGCAGGACUCUAUGGACAGCAGCCUCCCAACCAAGUAAUCAUUCGUGAGCGGUAUAGAGACAGUGACAGUGACCUGGCCCUAGGCAUGCUGGCUGGAGCGGCAACCGGCAUGGCCCUAGGGUCUCUGUUCUGGGUCUUCUAGAGUCCUUAAGAUCUCUUAUAUUCAUAGCUUCUGAUAACCCUGUGUGCAAUAAUAUGAUUUGAAAGGCAUUUCUGUUUGUGACAGAUGUUUUUAAUAAUAGUUUCAAUAGUUCUUUUGAAAGUAGUGACUUGAUAAUUGUUACUAAUACAUGCAAAUACCACAGUAGGGCUUAAACUGUGUUGUUUAGCUAUAACAUGGACUCCCUGGGGUCACAGGCUUAUUCCCAGACUUUGUGGAGAGACAUUUUCUUCUUAGUUAGGUGUAGUGCUUAAGGGAUAAUUUAUUUUCUUGUUAUGCAAAUAAUACAGUGAUUAAUGAGUGAGUGAUUGUGGUAAGACAGACAGGAGCUUCUUUUGGUUUAACCUCAGACUUUGAAACUUUAGGCCAGAACUCGCUGCAUGGCACUUUAGGAGUAGUGGGCCGGGGAUUUAGCUCAGUGGUUCCGGUGCGUGCCUCAAAGCACAAGGUCCUGAGUUCAAUCUCGAGUACCAAAAAAAAAAAAAAAAGAGGAGUGGUGGGCUCGGGAGCUGCCAGGUGGCUUUCCCAAGGCAAUAGUACAAGAACCCCACAACCUGCCCUCUGGUGAUGCAGACUGCUCAAGGUGAUGGACCAUACCACUCUCCCACCCUUUAAAAAUGUUGCUUCUAAAACCUGCCUAAUUCUAGAGCUGCUUCUUGUUGUGUUAUUCUUGUUUUUCGUAAUGAUAUUUGGAAAACAUCUCAAAUUACUAAUUGAUUUGAAAAAAGUCAAAGAAGGCAGAAUAAUACGUAUAUGGAGGUUGAUUUGCAUUAUUGAGAGAUGUAUUUUUAGUGUCUGAUUUAGGUAUAUUUAUUGCUGGCUAAAUGUACUUAUAUCCUAUUUUUCUACUUGUUGAGAAGGUAAUAUAAAAGAAUAAUGAGGAAAACAGAGAGAGAGCCAUAGUAGGGAUGUUCCUGCCUCAGGCCCUCUGGGGACCGCACAGCAUAGGGAACACUUGUUUUCUGCCCCUGGAAGGCCUGUCCCAGCAGAAGUAGGACAUGGUGGCUAUUCACCAAGCACUGGGAUGGACCGGGGCUGGGGUAGACUUGGCUAACAGGUGAGAAAUGGAGCCUAGAAGAUGAAGAUACCACUUAGCCUGGCUGGGACCUCAGCCUUGUUUUUAUUCCUGACCCAUCCAUUAUAGAGAAGCUUAAAACAUUUUAUUUUGGGUCCCUAAAUGUGUGAAGCUCUGGAAAACCCACAGUCUUACAUUUCUGACAAAUACUCACAUUUCCUAUAUUAUGAAAUAUGAAUUUCAAAUAUUUGUUAUUUUGUGUUUUAAAGCUGAUUAUUGAUUGCAGUUUUCUGUCCUGCAUGCUUUAAACAAUGUAUUUUUGCAAAGGCUAGUUAGCACCAUUAAGCCCCGCCCCCCUAGUUGCCCCAUUUUCUCUAACAUACACUCCAGGAAGCAUAAACUGUUGUGAUUGUGCCUGGGUUACAUACAUGCUCUAUUGUUGCACUGCUCACCUGGCUCCAUGACUUGAUGAAUAGAUCACGUAUGAAUCCAGAUGCCAAGUAGAUUUAAUAGUGCCCACAGCCUAUUUUUCUAGCCACUCCUAGGGGACUUAUUGACAUGCGAAUGUCCUUUUCCAGCUGAAAAGUGUACAUGUGGGUAAAUGUGAAAUCUGGCAACAUGAUGUUGAUAGUUUAAAGUGUUGCUUCAAUAUGUAAUGUUGAUUUUAUAUCCUAUGUCAUAAGAAUGGCUUUUGUUCAUCUUGUUAGGUACGUGUACCAACUCUUCAUGAUGUAUGUCAUUGUGUAUUGCAAACAUGUACUAAUAAAAAUAAAAAUUAGAAAAUAAAA